UUGAAUUCCCGGCAUCAACCAUAGGUAGCCUACGAUAGCUAGCCUAGCCUACAGAACUUUCAAAAGCGACUGAUAAGAUUUGCUAGACUUAAAAAAAAGCAAAAAAGUACAUUUUGGAAAGAGUUUAAGAAUAACGGGCGCCGUAAACUAAAAUUUAUUUUGUAAAAUAUCGGAUUUCCCGUGAUGAAUCGAGAGACAAGUAUUAGGCCUAGGAAAAGAAAAUAUAGUGAGGAAUUUUUGAAGUAUGGAUUUACUUUCAUAGUUGACGCAGGAAUUGAAAAGUCACAAUGUGUCAUUUGCAACACAAUUAUGUCAGCCGAAUCGAUGAAGCCCAGCAAAAUGAAACGCCAUUUUGACGCUAAGCAUCCAAACUUUGCGGGCAAGGAUGUCCAGUAUUUUAAGAACAAAGCUGAUUGUGUCAAAAAAAUCAGGCUGGAUUCUGGCGGCAAGUACCAACAGCAAAAUGUGGCAGCCAUUGAAGCUUCAUAUUUGGUGGCUCUCAGAAUCGCCAAAGCCAAGAAACCUCACACCAUUGCCGAGGAGUUGCUGCUGCCAGCAACCAAAGACAUUGUUCGAGUUAUGCUUGGAGCUGAAUAUGUUAACAAACUGAAUACAAUAUCCUUGUUUAAUAACACCGUCAGUAGAAGAUUAGACGACAUGUCUGCUGAUAUUAUGGAGCAAGUAAUCCAGGAAAUGAAAUCAGCUCCACUUGGAAUAUUUAGUAUCCAGCUUGAUGAAUCAACAGAUGUGGCAAACUGUUCUCAGUUACUGGUUUACGUGAGGUACAUUUAUGAAGGUGAUUUCAAAGAUGAGUUUUUUUGCAAACCACUUGAAACGACAACUACUGCACGCGAUGUCUCUGACACAGUUGGAUCAUUUCUGCAAAAUCAUGCCAUUCCUUGGGAAAAUGUUUGUGGUGUUUGCACAGACGGUGCUCCAGCAAUGCUGGGAUGUACGUCUGGAUUUCUACGUUUGGUAAUCAAUGCAUCACCGAAAGCCAUCGGAACUCACUGUAUGAUUCAUCGACAAGUGUUAGCAACGAAGACUUUGCCACAAGAAUUUCAAGAUACAAUGAAAAGCGUUGUAAGUGUCGUGAAUUUUGUAAAAGCUAGUACUUUAAACAGCCGCCUAUUUUCAAAAGUUUGCAGUGAGUUGGAUGCAUCCAAUAAUGUUCUGUUAUUUCACACUACUGUGAGAUGGUUGUCCAGAGGCUAAGUUUUGAAACGUGUUUUUGAUCUUCGUGAUGAAUUAAACAUUUUUAAUCAAAAAUCUAAACCACAGUUUGAAGCACUUUUCGGCGACAAAAACCAACUUCACAAAAUUGCUUACUUGGUUGACAUCUUUGCAAUUUUAAAUGAGUUAAAUUUGUCUCUCCAAGGACCAAAUGCAACAUGCCUAGAUUUGUCAGAAAAGAUCCGUGCAUUCAAGUUGAAACUUCAACUUUGGCAAAAAAAAUUGGAUGAAAAUAGAAUUUACAUGUUGCCGAACUUAUCUGCUUUCUUUGAGGAAAAUGAAAUUUUUGAAGAAGAAAUUUCAAGAUAUUUACCUGACACACCAUUUGCACUCGCUAGAAGCCCAUUCACCAUCAGAGUUGAAGAUGUUCCUGAGAAUGCACAAGAGGAGUUCAUUGAACUCAUUACCAGCGAUGCAGCAAAAACUGAUUUUUCUUCAAUGUCAGUUACUAAAUUUUGGAUCAAGAGUUUGCAGUCAUAUCCCGUUCUGUCUGAGAUCGCAUUGCGCCUGAUUCUUUCUUUUCCAACAACAUACCUUUGUGAAACAGGCUUUUCAAGCUUGUUGGUUAUCAAAUCUAAAUACAGGAGCAGACUUGAUGUAGAAGAUGAUCUUCGUUGUGCUCUUGCAAAGACUGCUCCAAGGAUUUCAGAUCUGGCUAAAAAGAAGCAAGCAAAGCCUUCUCACUGAAAAAAUUGUUGUGUUGAUAAGUUGAUUUGUUGUGUUGUUUAAGUUGAUUUGUUGUGCUGUUUAUUUAUUUAGAAGUCAAAUUUAAUAUAUAGCCUAGUAGCCUACUAGAUAGCUCCAAAAGUGCAGUGAAGGAGGAUCAACCCAACUAAUUUUAUCCUUGGGGUCACCGCAACUUGGCAAAUGUUAUAAAAGGGUCACGGCACCAAAAAGGUUGGGAACCGCUGGUUUAGGGCAUGGGGUUAAGGUUUUCACUAGCAUAAAACAGCGCGAAAAACUAAAAAGGAAGGGUAUAACGUGCCGUAACGUACGUACUGUUGUGACGUUACAUACCGCGAUUGUGACGCAAUAAAUGGUUAACCUUACGCAAGUCAGGCGAAUUAUGCAAGCGAAGCCUCCAAGCAUGUUUUCGCGCAUUUUCAGUUAAUUUUCGACACGAAAGCCCGACUUUUUUUGCAAAACAGCAGGUAGCUAAGUGUUUGGUAUUUUUAAUGCAAAGAUUGUUAAAACAUGAAGUAUUUAAAAAUUUGAUGCGGCAUUUUCAACGAAAGCCAGGGGCGGCAGCAUAUGCUCCUACGCCUCUUGUCAAACUGAAAAUCACGUAGUUCAGUUCAAUCCAAAAGGUUGAUCUAUUGGGCCGAACCACUAUUAGCGGGUUGCAGAACCAAGGUGAUCCUAGAAUACAGAUAUUUUAGCGGCCAUUUUCGAUACCUUCUACUGGUGCCACCAACCUAAAAUUUGGACACUGUA